UUCAAUCAGUAGCUGGAAUGAAGCCACUUGUUUUACAUACAUGCAACGAGACUACAUUUACAUAGAGACAUAAAUAAGUACAUAUUUCUUACUUUGUGACUUUAGUACAUACUUUAGUGAUCUUAACAUUGUUAAGUGUUGGUGACAUUUUUGGAAAUAUUUAAAUUUAUGAAAGAAAUAAAUUUGUUGAAUUAAAGUACAUUUUGCAGAGUUCAUGGUGCAAAAAAGAUUUACAUGUUCGACAUUUGUCUUCAUGUCGUUUCCAGAUUUUUAAUAAAUAAUAUUUAAUAGUGGUAGUGUAUUUAUUUGGUGUAGAUAUUUUCAGGAUUUUAAUCGUAAUUUGUAUGUAAACCAAGAUUUAACAGAUCGGAAUUUUGGUAAUAACUUGUGGUCCUGUUAAGUAAUUAUUCAUGAUUAUGUAUUACAUACUUGUCAAUCUUAAAUUUAGAACAACUGAAUCAAGUGAAUUUGUUGAAAAAAGUGUUAAUUAAAGAAAUAAUUAGUGUUAAACCUGAUUUACACAAUUCUUACAAAAGGAAAUAAUUUUUGUGAAAAAUUAAAAUAUCAAGCAUCUGCUUUUCCUCAAAUUCACCUUCACCCGAAGAUAUGGCGUCAUACUCGGUGUGCGUGUCCAGUGGGUGCAAAAGCUAUCACGCCGGAGUCCCAAUAUUGGCCAAUUUGUACAUGCAGGUGGAAACUGGAACUAUUUACGGAUUACUUGGAGCGAGUGGAUGCGGGAAGACGACGCUGCUUAAUUGCAUCCUUGGCCAGAAAAGGUUGGAUUCUGGAUAUAUUUCCGUAUUGGGGAGAGACCCUGUGAAGUGCAUGGAUGACAUGGUGACCUCAAUCGGACACAUGCCCCAGGAUAUCGCCCUUUAUCCGUUAAAGAUAUUCGAAAUAUUUGAAUAUUUCGGCAAGUUGAUGGGGCUAAGUAAGCAUGAGAUACUUGCAAGAGGGGAGGAAUUAAGAAACAUACUAAAACUGGAAGAUCUACACAGUUACGUGCAAACUUUAAGUGGCGGCCAGAAACGGCGCGUCUCGUUGGCCGUGGCGUUGCUGCAUCAUCCCAAACUUUUGAUCCUUGACGAGCCAACGACGGGAGUUGAUCCUUUGCUAAGAGAGUCAAUUUGGCAGUACAUUGCCGGCCUAGUAUUCAAAAUGGGAACAACUGUCAUUGUGACGACGCAUUAUACGGAGGAAUGCCGAAAAUUUGACAAGAUUGGAAUUAUGCGGAGAGGUCGAAUUAUUGCGGAGGACAAUCCGCGCCAUCUCCUUGAACUGGGUGGAUCUCUGAUUUUAGAAGACGCACUAAAAUCCAUUUGCAAAAAGGACGAAGAAGACGGAAACGAUGCCUAUGAUUUCCUCUCGACUAAAACCAUCUCCAAUUAUCAAUAUUGCGAAAUUGAGCCUCUGCAAGAAGACAUUAAGCAGUUAUCUUUUCGUGUCCGACAAUAUGAUUCGUAUCGCCCGGAAAACAACAUGCGGAGACAAGAUUUAAAUUACAGCACGGAAAAAUCAUCACUUUGGGGAAAGAUUAUGCAAGAAUUUACGAAAGUUAGCACCCUCACGAAAAGGAAUUUCCUACUGAAUUACAGAUUUCCAAUGUACCUAGCAUUGGUCCUCUUGCUUCCCGCGAUGAACACGGUCAUCGUCUAUUACACGAUGGGUAGAGUUCCCUUUGGAAAGGUGGUGUCCGUCUUUAAUGAAAAUGCGGAUUGUUUUGGCGGAAAUACUAAUUUCCCGCACAUGGAAGUUAAUACCUCUUUGAGUUGCUUAUUCUUAAAGGAAAUCGGGCCCAAUAUAAUUCUGCAACCGCAAUUCUCGAGGAAUUCUGCGAAAGCGACCGUUGAGUCGGGAAGUGCGAUUGGAUUUAUUCACAUUCCCGCCAAUUUCACGAGACAUACGAUAAACAGAUAUGCGUUGGCAAGGUUCGCCCUGGGGCAGGAUUUAGACCAGAGUACGGUCCAUGUUUCGUUAGAUAUGUCGGACUCGAUAACUAUUAGCUACGUGUAUAGCGAUAUCUUGAAGGGAUACCUAAGAUUUGUGGAAAAUCUUGCCAGUCGUAUCGGAAUUGACCCAAGGACAGUAGAAAUCCCGCUUAAGUACAACGCCAAACUGGAUUCGCACGAAUUUACCUCUCAGGAUCACUUCCUCCCAUCAAAUAUCGUGUCGACAUGUUUCUUAUUUUCAUUGAUUUGUGGACUUUCCUUAACGCUGGAGAAAGAGGCCGGCACGUUGGAGCGGACUUUAGCGUCGGGAGUUAAAAUCCGUCACGUCAGAAUGUCCUACUUCAUUUCUGAAAGUGCGACGUCCCUUAUCCAGAUCGUGCUCAUGUUUGCCAUCCGGUUCCUCACAGCGGGGUACAAUAUCACGGGGUCGUUCUUCCUCUGUUUUUCCAUCGCUUUUUUGACCAGUCUUGCCAGCAUUGGAUGUGGUUUGCUACUUGGGACGAUUUUCUCUAAGAGAUUCGACGUUACUAUGGCGAGCGUUUUUGCCGUGCUGAUGAUAGUGCAAACUAGUGGAAUUCUAUGGCCACUGGAGCUCGUAAGUCCUUCCUACCGUUGGACCUACGUGUACCUCAACCCGGUCUCCCUACCCAUGGAUGGGAUGCGUCGCGUAUGGAAUAGUGGAUGGGGUUUAGAACAUAGCGCCGUCCGGGCAGCAUUGCUGACCCCGAUCGUGUGGAUCUUCCUGCUAUCGAUGAUGUCCCGUAUUGUGAGGAAGGUGCAGACAAAUAAGUGAAAAUUGUAUCCAAAUUUGUUGUACAUACGCAAUGCAUAACCACCGAAAUAAAUAAGUUGUAAACCAGA